AUGACACCUGGUACUGGUCCGGACACGGAUAAUACGUACGAGAAUAAAACAGCUUCCUACUUGUUGAUGGAUGCCAGCAAAAUGAAGGAAUCAGAGAGUACCAGUAUACACAUUACUGGAAUUCUGCUCCUUAAUCCGUUCAACCCAUCAGUCUGUAUAAUGUUUUACUAUAGCAUGUUCGGCAAGGAUAUGGGCAAGUUGACUGUGCUAGUAAACGGAGUAAGCAAGUUCGAGAUCAGCCCAGAGGUGGACAACAGGUGGAGGCGCCGAGAGUACGUCCACACAAUCAACUGCAUGUUUUUCUGCUGGCCUGUAGUGGAGGUGGAAAUUAGAGCGACCCGAGGACCGGGGCCUCUGUCUGACAUCGCUAUUGACGACUUAUAUGUCGGACCAUGUUCUCAUUGA